CAACAUGAUGGUUACUGGAAACAGCAGAGGACUUGUUCAGGUUCUGAAUAUAUCCACUGGAAUUUACCUAAAGGGUGGUAGCAGUAAAAUCACUGGUCAGGUGUAUUCCUUGGUGUUUGAAUCUUCUGGCAGACUUUUGUGGGUUGGAGAUGGAGUUGGAUACAUUGUCUCCUAUCUGUUUGACCUGCCUACUGGACGUCUGACAAAGGCUAAAAGGAUCUUAGUGGCAGAAAACAGUCCAAUCACGUGUUUAUCGGCACGCACCUGGGUAAGCAGAGAGGCUCGUGACCCGUCUCUGUUGGUGAACUGUGCUGCUGGUGUUUUGUUGUUGUUCAGUAUUACUCGUAGCGAUGGAAACCUUCUCUUGAAACGAAAAUUUCCACUAAAACACCGCUCUCAUCAUCUCAAAAUCCGGAGCUCCUUCUGCCCAAUCAUAUCAUUUCGUCAAGGUGCCUGCGUUGUUACAGGGAGUGAAGAUAUGUGCGUGUAUUUCUUCGAUGUGGAACGAGAGAGAAAGCCCUGCCUCAACAAACUCCAAGGCCACUCUGCUCCCGUGUUAGAUGUCUGUUUCAACUAUGACGAAAGUCUUCUGGCCUCCAGUGAUGCCGAAGGUAUGGUGAUCGUGUGGAAGCGAGAAAAGAGGCAGUUUUAGUUAGGACUAAGAACGCAAAUACAGGUGUAGCAAUUGUUUGAAAGGAGGAGAAAAAAACACAAAAGAUUGUAAUUGUUAUACUAGUUUUGACGCUUCAAGGAAAUGAACACAAGAUAAUGAUGGCCGUGUUGAAGCGAUACAAAGAUUGAUAUAAUAGUGUGGUAAAGGUACAAAACAAGGAUGGGUAAAACCUGUAACAUAAAAUUAAAAUAAGAAGUUCUUAGCUGUAAAUAAAAAUUGUUGUUGUUGAAGAUUGAAA